GGAAAGAAAUUUAGUCAUCUCUCUGUUGAACCGGAGAUGGAAAGGUAAAGGUGAAGGCAGGGCAAUAGCAAGACAAUACAACUCUUUGUAUGAGUAAGAAAAAAUGACCUCUUUAAAAUGGAAUAUCUAAAUGAUUGGCGAUUAUUGAUGAAAUUAACAGAGCCACUUGUGUUGAGCUGGUAGCCUUGUGCCCGAGGAGAAUUCUGGUUGUGAAUGCAGCCUCCAGCCGUGUUAUAGUGGUCUGAGUGUGACUGUAGACUUGCUGCAGUCCAAUCAUCAGCGAGGGGCAAGUUUGGAAAUAAACAAGCAAUUGGGUGAGGAAAAGUCGCUAUGUGGAAAUAUUUCUAAGCUGUCAUGUUCAAAUGGUCACACGCUGGGUAUGGACAGAAGAUGCAUCUAUCGUGGCACCAAAUUCCAAAUUGAAAUUGAAUACAACUUGGACUUACUCAUCUUGGUUUGCUGUAAUGGAGAAGGACAUGAAGGUGAAGCUGCGGAGAUGGACAUGAACGUGAAGCUGCGGAGAAUACCAAUUUUCAAUGCAGCCUCCUGCCGUGUUACAGCUGUCUGAGUGUGAUUGUAGACUUGCUCGAGUCCAGUCCCGUCCCAUCUUAUCUGCUAGAGGGGUUGCGGAAAUAAAUAACUGAUUGGGUGAGGAAUAGUUGCUAUGUGAGAAUAUUUCCAAGCUGUAAUGUUCAUGUGGCCGCACUGCAGGCAGAUGUGGACAUUUUCAAAAGAUAAAUCUAUCAUCCCCAAGAAAACACAAAUCCAUGUUCAGCACAAUUUGUAUUGGCCAUUCUUCGAAGAAGAAUUUGUCGUGUAUUUCCUUGAUAGGAUUAGAAUAUUGUGGCAGAAUAAGUGCAUCUUCUGUAAAGAUUGUCAAGUUUAAUUCAUAUGCCAUUUCAGUAGCACCUUAUGAGAUGACAGCACAAAUUUCUUUUGGGGUGUUACGGAAACUGUUUACUGGCUUUCUCCUGACCUUUGUGGCUUGGAGAAAGAAUACACGUCCUUGAUAUGUCUUUGGAAAGUGACUGCCACCUGUUAUACUCUUGUUUCUUUUUCUAUCAUAAGGACUGGACGACAGAAUCGUAGCAUUACAAGAGUGCACUUGAAAAGAAGGCAGAACAAGAGCGAACCAUGGCAACUCCUGGUGAGGCUCGUGGUUCUGCUACCUUGAAGGCCAUAACAUUCUUUUGUGUGCUUGCAGUUCUUGUAGCUGAUAUCCAGGGGCGUCAUCAUCAUACUUGUCCUCCUUUUUCUUGCGGCCAUCUGCAAGACGUCCGGUACCCUUUCCGCCGGAGAGGUGAUCCAGGCGAGUGCGGAGUUACAUAUUACGAGCUGGCUUGCACCGAUAGCAGGGCUACCAUUACGAUCAACAGCUGGCCAUACUUUGUGACUGAGAUAAAUUAUGCCAAUUCUUCCUUCUUGGUUGUCGAUGCUAGAUUGGACUUGAGCAGCAGCUGCCCUGUUCCUCAACGGAACCAGGGGGCUUACCAGCUGUAUUACGGUGGUGGCUUUUUGAGGUCAGAAGGCUCGGAGUUAAUGCUUGAACUGGCCCCUCCCUCUUCAAUUGCGUUGGCUACCUUUGUGAAUUGCUCGCGUGAGGUCAGGAACAAUACUCUCUACUCACCAGUUGCUUGCCAUAGCACGAGCUCCUCUUUUGUUUAUGUGCUGAUUGGUGAUCCCACCGACAUUUUCGCCCUCAAGCCUUCCUGUGGAUACCUGGGCCUGGCUGUGAUUGUUCUGGAAGGCGAGAGAUCGCCAUAUUAUGCAAAUUAUCGAGAUGUCAUGGAAUCCAUGAGAAACGGAUUCGCAGUUAGUUUUCCGCAAGAUUUUGCAUGUACUACAUGUGGCUUUGAACAACCCUUGCCGUUGCUCAGUAUUGGCGAAUUAAUCAGUGGAAUGAAGUCUAGAAGAUACACGUGGGAAAAGAUUUUGGAACUUUUGCUAACUCGUUUGUUUCCUCGCAUAACUGGAAAAUAUGCAUAUGCAGCAAUUCCCAUGUGGAUUGCCCAGUGGAUUGCAAUAACUGCUGUACUAUGCAGGUUCAUGCUGCCGCCACUGGUGGUAUUGACAUUCCUUGCCUACAAGUACUGGAGAACAAGGAUAACAAUUGAUGCAGUCGAGAAGUUCUUGCGGAUGCAACAAAUGGUGGGCCCAAUCAGGUACAGCUACACAGACAUCACCGCAGUAACAAGGCAUUUCAGAGAUAAAUUGGGCCAAGGGGGCUAUGGCUCAGUCUACAAAGGUGUUCUUCUCCCAGGAGAUAUCCAUGUUGCUGUUAAGAUGCUAGCAGGUAGCUCCAACUGCAACGGAGAAGAUUUUAUUAGUGAGGUCUCCACCAUUGGCAGGAUCCACCAUGUCAAUGUGGUCCAUCUCAUGGGGUUCUGCUCGGAGGAAAUGAGAAGGGCCCUGAUCUAUGAGUACAUGCCUAAUGGCUCUCUUGACAAAUACAUCUUUUCGUCGGAGAGGAGCUUCUCUUGGGACAAGCUCAAUGAGAUUGCCUUGGGGAUUGCAAGGGGUAUCAACUACCUGCAUGAGGGGUGCGACAUGCAGAUUUUGCACUUCGACAUCAAGCCGCACAACAUUCUUCUCGAUACCAAUUUUGUCCCGAAAGUUGCUGAUUUCGGCCUGGCCAAACUGUACCCAAGGGAUGACAGCUUUGUGCCGUUGAGCGCUAUGCGGGGAACCAUUGGGUACAUAGCUCCUGAGAUGGUAUCCCGGAGCUUUGGUGUGGUAUCCAGUAAAUCUGAUGUUUACAGCUUCGGGAUGCUGCUACUGGAAAUGGCAGGAGGACGCCGGAAUGCUGAUCCGAAUGCAUCAAACUCAAGCCAGGCGUACUACCCGUCCUGGGUGUACGACAGGCUAACAAGGCAACAAGAAGUGGCUGUGAUAUCUGCGGCAGAUGAGAUGCACGAGUUGGAGCGGAAGGUUUGUCUCGUUGGGCUAUGCUGCAUCCAGAUGAAGUCUCAGGAUCGGCCGACGAUGAGCGAGGCCAUAGAGAUGCUCGAAGGUGGCGUUGAAGGCCUGCAUGUGCCUUCCAGGCCAUUCUUCUGUGACGAUGAGCACGCCCCUGUAGCUGCUGGUUCUCACCACGUCUUCUCUGAGCUGACUACUCUGUCGGAGGAGGAGGAUUUUGAUGGUGCUUCUACGCAAGACAACAGCGCUGGUCUUAGAAAUGCAGAGUAGUCAGUAGAGUGGGUUCACGGUUCAGUGAGAUUUACUUGUUUUUACACUUUUGUAGCAGUGCCGUGUACGGUAUGUACUAUGAUUGAAAUCUUGCCGCUGUACGUGGAUGUGCCUGACAAAUACUCCCUCCGUUCCCAAAUAUAAGUCUUUCUAGAGAUUUCAACAAGUGACUACAUAUGGAGCAAAAUGAGUUAAUCUACACUCUAAAAUA